UCCUCCGGAGCACCGAGCAGCUCCGGGGCUCAAUUACAUGCGCAGUCCUGCCGUGAAUCACACAUCUCCACGGCAACCGGCGGUCACACCGAGUCCCCGUCAGCAUCAGUGGGGUCCGAUCCCGUCAACCGGCGACAGGAGAGCACCGAAAACCACAGAACCUCAAAGCAGCGCUGUCACAUUCGGUUACGAGGCACACAGUCUGAGUCAGUCUGACCUGAGCUGUCUGUCCCUGCUCUCCAGAUCCGUCCAGGCAUUUUCAGGCAGCUGAGCAGCCAUGGUGAAGCUAGGCAGCAAUCUGUCUGAUAAGCUGGAGAAGCAGCCGUCUGCGGACGAUGGCUUUGAUAACAUCCCCCUCAUCACUCCUCUGGAGGUCAACCAGCUCCAGCAGCCGUUUGCAGAAAAGGUCAUUGUGAAGACAUCAACACAAUAUCAGCUGCAGCAGAAGAAGAAGAACAAGAUGUACGUGCCCAAUAUCAAGAAGCUGAAUAUCAACUUCUACAGUGAUGUUUCAGAGAAAGCCAAGAUCACAGGUCUGAUCCUGAUCACUUUGGCCUUCCUGACCAGCUUGCUCCUCCUGCUCAUGUACAAAGCCAUGUGGUAUGACCAACUCACCUGCCCAGAGGGUUUCAUCCUCAAGAAGCACUGCACCCCGGCUGCUCUGGAGAUGUACUACACGGAGCAGCAGCAGCAGCAGGAGGAGCCGGGUGUCCGUGGCGGGGCCAACAGUGGCCUGUACGCUGCCCUGAGCCACCUCAACCAGGUCAAGAGGACUGGGCCUGAACUUCCAUCGCCAUGGUUACCAGUCAUCAGCGCUCUAAAGGAGGCCGAGGUGGCCAAACAAGGCAACGAGCCGCUGAAAGGAGUGCUGGAGGGAGAGGAGUGAAGUGGCUGAUAGAAAUGCAGGUGUAAGAGGAGGAAAUGAUGAUGGCGAGGCAGCGAAGGUUAUUUGUUUGACUGUGUGUGUGUGUGUGUGUGUGUGUGUGUGUGUGUGUGUGUGUUCAGGAAUUAACUUUUUUCCUCCCUUGUACAGUUCAUAGAAUCACUUGUUUGUACUGGUGCUCCAAAACCUUAAAGGUUUCUGUAUAACUACUGGAAAUUUAAAUCAGCUACACACGUUUACUCAUCUUCAAUCCAGAUAAAUUCUGUUAAUAUUUAAUACCCAACUGUUGUAGUGUGUGUGUGUGUGUGUGUGUGUGUGUGUGUGUGUGUGUGUGUGUGUGUGUGUGUUUGUGUGUGUGUGUGUGUGUGUGUGUGUGUGUGUGUGUGUGGUAAGUUGUUGUGGUUAGAGGCAGGAAUGUUAUUAAAGUGUUGGAGAAUGUGCCUGACUUUUACAGUGUUACUGAGGCAUGAGUAAUCUCUGCCAUCUGCAUUCAGCGUGUGUGUGUAUAUUGUACACUGUAAACGCUCACAUACAUACGCGCAUAUGUGUUUUAUGCAGAAUUGCAUUCAUGUGCGUGUGUGUGUGUGCAAGCAUACACUGUAUGAUUUGUGUACUUGUCUGAGAAAGUUGGAGGUGAUAGAAGCGAAGCGAGGCGAGAGCUCGGAGUGAGAAGAGAAGAUAACAAGUUUUUAAUGAGAUUACUGCGAGUUUCUCCUCAUCACCGCGUGUCGUUAUCUCGCCCUCUAUUCAUUUAGUUUCAGAGGUGAAUGUAUGAAAUCAUCAGUGAAUGUGCUCACAGUUUAAACACUAAGACAAGAACUUUAAUUGACCAUUUUUAUUUUUUUGCCAAAACGAGUCGAUUCCUCAUCUUAUUAUCUGGAGAUUGCAGUUCAGUGUGCAGUUAGAGUUAGAGGAAAGUGUGUUUUAAUGAGACUCACACAGCAAUUUAGGAAAGUUAGUCAAAGUAUUAAAAAUUAAAAACAACAAUGUCUUUGUCAUUAUGGGUUAUUGUGUGUAGAUUUAAUCACCAAGAAAGCCAAUUUAAUCUGUUUUUAAAUUGAAUCUGUAACACAACACAGCAGUGGAGGAAGAAGUAUUCAGAUCUUUUACUUAGUUAAAUGUUACAAGUAAACUUCCUGCAUACAAAAUGUAAAAAAAAAAAAAAAAAAAUACAAAAGUAUUAGAAUCAAAAUAAAGUGCCAAAAGUAAACCCUUUUUGUAGAAAUAUAUUACAACAUAACAGUAAAUUAUUGGUGCAUUCAUCUGGUCAUUGCUUUAUUAUUAAAGUUUUAUAUACAGCUGGGAAUCUUAAUCUAUAAUAAUAAACCAUAAUUUAUUAGAUUAUAUUUCCGAUAAAAGUAAGUAGAGUACAAGUUACAAUAUUUACUUCCAAAAUGUUGUGGAGCAGAAGUAGAAAGUAGCAUAAAACAGAAAUACCUAAGUACAGUUUCUCAAAAUUGUAAGUAAGUAUUGUACUUUGGUAAAUCUACUUAGUUAGUUUCCACCACUGCAAUAAAGUGAAUAAAAACGUUCUGACGCCACUGAACAACUCUUCAUUUGAAGACUCUUAUUAUAUUAUAUGAUGAUUGUGAGCUUUUAAUGUAUUACUACAACAAAUAUUAAUUUUAAUAAUGCUGUAUAUGUAAGAUGGUUGUAAAAACUAGCAAGUUCUAUUAGUUUUGUUACUACAUUUUGUUUUUAUGUAGCUGUAAGUAUUCUGUAACGCUGUAAAUGAACAUGUACAGUCUAACCACAGGGUUAACUCAUCAUGAUCCUUAUAUGAAUGUAUGAAGUAGCUGCUCCGAUCAUACAGUAGAUGUAAUAAGUGCUUAUGAUGUACUACCUAAAUGCUUCUAUUGUCUUCACAUGUUUUUUUUUUAUUUAUUUCAUUAACAGAUUUACGUGUAUAUUAUUUUUUCAAUGGUAAAUUGUGUUUGCCAAUCUUGCAUUGUUAAGUAUUUUACAAUCCAUUGUACAUUUUUAAGGGGAAAAUAUAUGUGAAUCAAAUAUUGUUUUUCUUUAACUAGCCAGAAAUAACAAAUCUUGUAAUUUAUCUUAAUUAUCAGCUGUCUACAGAAGCCCUGAGAGGCACCUGAGAUCCUUUUUCUAAGUCUUUAGUUUAUUGUUUUCUCUGAUGUGUUUAUGACUUAAGGUGGGAAAAAGUGGGGAGCAGGGUGUUGGCAGGAUAAUUUGUCCAAGUUUUGCAAGGUUAAAAAAGGAUGCCAGGAUCUUUUUUUAAAUCUGUGAAAACAGGUUAAAAAAAAAGUUUUGUCAAGAUCAAUUUUGUGUUUGUUGUUGUAAUGAACAUUUUGGCCACAAGAGGCUGAAGUGCACCACUUUUUCAUUCAAAACCGCUAAUUCAAAUUUUUUUGAAUAAGCGGUUUUUUAUUAUUCAUUCAUUUUUUUAUUUAGCUAUAAGAUUUUUUUAGCUAUAAGAAGUGCAUGGAGAAAUUGAAAUCACUUUUAGUCUCAUUAAUUUAACCUUUUUUUCCAAAUUAGAACAUGGCAUGGUGAUGCACUUCAGCCUCUUGUGGCCAAAAUUAUUAUUACAACAAAAACUUUUUACAGAUUCUUGAAAAUUAACUUAGAAAGAUUAUUAAAGCAAACUUUUUAAAGCACACUUUUUUUUAUUUCUUAGUUGUCUGUCAGGGCUUCAGUAGCUAUCACUUAUUUUGACCUGCCUUUCCUUCUUGUCACUUUUUCAAAUGGCGGAUACUUAUUUUGGAACAAAUCUCUUCAUGUGAGUAGGAAGAAUGUGAGAUCACAGCACAGCUUGUCCUCUGGGGUCCAAGUGCCAAACGUUUACAUCAGAUCCAUCUGCUCUGAUGUCACUGACUGAACAGAAAUAAAUAUGUUGAAUUUUCUCAUUCACA